AAGCCUGUCCUGUCACACCACACUGUGCGCUCGGUAUAAAUGAGCAGCGGUCAGCCUGCGGAUCCCCUCACCGUUUCUAGGAUAUUUUGGGGAAAUUUUGCCUUCCUUUACGUUUUGCUUUCACUUUCCCUGUUUAUGUGCGAGCAAACCGUACUUCAGCCGCAGGAACAUCCGGAAAACCGUACGUCGUCAGCCAUGUCCGCCGUCAGCAGCUCAAACACGGCCUUUGCCUUGGAGCUGUUCCGCACUCUGAGCCAGGCAAACUCUGCCGGGAACAUCUUUAUCUCUCCUCUGAGCAUCAGCUCAGCCCUGGCCAUGGUCUACCUGGGAGCUAAAGGAGACACUGCAGCUCAGAUGGCUCAGGCCCUCUCAUUCAGCUCAGGUGAAGGCGUCCAUGCAGACUUCCAGAAACUGAACGCUGACAUCAACUCACCGUCUGCAUCCUACAUCCUGAAACUAGCCAACCGUCUUUAUGGAGAAAACACUGCCCACUUCCUCCCAGACUUCCUUGAAGCCACACAGAAGUACUACCAGGCAGACCUGAAGGCUGUGGACUUCAUCGGAGCUCCAGAGGCGUGCAGAGCAGAGAUCAACAGCUGGGUCGAGCAGCAGACAGAAAAUAAGAUAAAAGACCUUCUGAAGCCAGGAACAGUACGCUCAAAUACCAGACUGGCUUUGGUCAAUGCUAUCUACUUCAAGGGCAACUGGAGGAACCCAUUUGAUGAGGAAAACACCAAAGAGAUGCCCUUUAAAGUCAAACAGAAUGAGACCGUACCAGUCCAGAUGAUGUACCAGAUGAAGAAGCUUCCCUACAACUACAUUCAUGACCAUGGUCUGCAGAUUCUAGAGUUGCCCUACGUGAAUGAGGAGCUCAGCAUGUUUGUUCUUCUACCUGCAGAGUCCUCAGACGGCUCAGACCCUCUGCUGAAGCUGGAGAAUGAGCUAACACAGGAGAGGCUGAAUGAAUGGACCGACAGGAAAAACAUGGAUGUUGAUUCAGAAGUUCUUGUUCACCUGCCAAAGUUUAAGCUGGAGGAAGACUACGAGCUGAAUGAUCCUCUGGCUAAACUGGGUAUGAAGAAUGUGUUCUGUGCAGGAAGCGCUGACCUGUCUGGCAUGAACGGUGAAGGGGGGCUCUUCCUGUCUACGGUGGCCCACAAGGCCUUUGUGGAGGUGAACGAGGAGGGCACAGAGGCUGCUGCAGCCACAGCUGGAAUGGUAGCAUUCUGCAUGUUGAGGGAGGAACACUUCAGAGCAGAUCACCCCUUCCUCUUCUUUAUCAGACACAAUAAGACCAAGUCCAUCCUGUUCUUUGGCAGAUUCUCAUCUCCUCAGUAGAGGAAAAGGAUGGUUCAAAUUAAAAUAAAACAUCUUAAAAACAAUAUAAAUGAAGCCUUUAUUUUGUGAUGUUGAGUUAAUUAAGGAAUUGUAUUUUGCUUUAUUCGUGAAUAAAGUUUGAUUAUUUUACAUUAAUUCAUUCUUAAUUAAGUUGGGUUUUUGUUGGAGGGGUUAAUAUUGGAAACAAUGGCUGUAGAAAUGAAUGUAGAAAUUAAGGCUUUUAAUCGGUCCAGUCUUUUUUUAGUUUAUUUUGAACAGAAUGGUAUUGUGGCACAGAUUGCAUCUACACAGCUUCUCAGUUGCACACAGUUCUGUAUUUAUAAAAACACUGUUCACUCUGCUUCUCAAACAAGUCACAAGUCUGGCUCUUGUUUUACUUUUUUACUACAAGGAUACUAUAGAACACACUAAAGAUCAGUACGGGAUUAAAACUACUUGUAAAAUGAACAGAAUUGUCUGUGUUGUCCCCUAGACCAGAAAACAUAACCUUUUUCAUAUUUUUGUUGCUCACAGCAUUUCUGCUGAAAAUCAUAAACCUUAUGACUUUCUAGUCACCCUUUUUGUCCCUAAAAGCCCAUUUGGUUUUGCUGAGUGUCCAUCAUGGAGUGGCUCUUUAGCUAAAAGGUGUGGACCGUGUCAAGUCCAGGUGUUUUUAGCUCUUUAUGCCUCAGACUCCUUGUUGAAGUCUCGAUAUGUGAUAUAGAUUAGUUUUGUUCAGCUAUUAAAACCAUUAGCCAUUUGA